CAGAGAGGGCGGAGCCUAAAGAGGCGAGACUGGAGGGGCGCGGCCGAAGGGGGCGGGGCGGUGUCGCCGCGAGGCGGGAUCUCGGGAGAGCGGGGGCGGGGCUGCGCGUCGUCCUGAGCGCGGCGUCCCUGCGCGGCGUCGUCAGCAUGGGGCUGUGCUUCCCAUGCCCCACUGAGCCAGAGCCGGGGUCGCCGAGCCCGGAAGAGAAAAGAGCAAAGCUUGCAGAGGCUGCAGAGAGAAGACAGAAGGAGGCUGCAUCUCGGGGGGUUUUAGAUGUUCGCUCUGUGGAAGAAAAAAGAAAGAAAAAGGAAAAACUAGAAAAACACAUUGCCACAUCUGGGCCUCCACCAGCAGGUGGACUUAGAAUGCUGAUUAUUCAUUCUGGACGAUAGCACCUUUUCUUUCAAUGAGUUCUAUAAAGCAAGAGCAUGGUCCAGGGCAGACUGUCAUCCAGGAAAUCAAGGAUUCCCUGGAAGAACAAUUUGGGCAGUAUCCAGCGAGACACAGAAGAGAGCGGAAGCACAAAGGGGCCCAAAAUGAAACCAGUGCCUUAACCAGUGUGCCUGCCUGUGACGGUGGCACAGACGCUGCCGUGAUCAAGGAGGCCUGGAAAGGGCUGCUGGGGACUACUCAGGCCAUAUUUAGAACAACAAAAUGGGACCCUGCCGAUCAGGGAGAACAAGUUGCUUCAGAAAGCAAAGGUAAUGGUGGUGCCUUACAGAAUCUUUGCGAGGAACACACUGAAGACUGAAUGGUGAUCUGACCGACGGGACGUGGGACGGGACAGGUGGUUCUGAGGUAACGGGAGGAAGAGGCACAUGCAGGUGUGGUAGGGUGAAGGGGAGACCUGGGGAGGAGAUCACCACCUUCCUAUUCCGCUACCCUGGGUUUAUGAUUAUCUCAUAGAAAAUGCCUAAACCCUAAGAACUAAGGUAGAGCCAUAUAAUUGUACGUAGGGACAAAUAACGGAAGAAGCAGCAGUGACAGGCAAAACUCGCUGCCUCUGACUGAAGUCAGGAGAAAGCCGUGCAGGUGAGGAGGGGUGGGGGCGCUUUGCUAUUCGCGUCUGAGUCUUAUAGAAUCAUUUGUUAAAUGCAUGCGUAUAUUUUUAUACUUAAAUUCAGCGGAACAUGUCCAGCUUUGUGACUUAAGAAAACAAGAGUAAAAGGGGAGAAAUAGGUUUGCAAAACACCUACAUGGGGAAAAAGAGUUUUCACUACGAAAACGGUUUCAUUACCUUGAAAACCUUAUUCUUCUAUCAGCAAGUGGCUGGCAGGCUCGCAGAUGCUUCGUUUUAUGAAGAUGCAAUUUUGCCCGAAAUCAUUACAAGAUCAAUGAUGAGAUUUCUCCCCUUAACGCACUUCAGGAGUGGCAGAUAAUGGAGCAUAUUCAGACCUUAGGCACAGUGCAGUCACCUCAUUCCAUUCAUUCCCUAACAGUUUACUAGUGACUUAUGGUUAUAAAAUCCUUUCCUACACCACUUCAUUUUAAAAUUAUUUUCCUGUUCCACAUACUCGAAUUUUUCUGGCCACCAAACAAAAAUCAUAAUAUCCUCAGACAAACCCCUGAUAUGAACUUUGCCGUUCACAGCCUUGCUGUUUGUCUUGUUUGGGCUUGUUUCAGCCUUCACUUUUCCCUAAGAUGCACCACAAUCUGCAAUAAUCAUAAACUUCAGCAUUUUGGGAAAAGUUUCCUGUUCUCCCGAUUUCUCUCCACUCUUUCCGUAGCUUGGCCACUGUGUUCUCCGUAACCCUAACCACCGCAAACAGCUUUUCAGAUACACAAAGGCAGAGUCUCCUGCAUCUUGGAACUCUGUUUCUCAGCCACCUUAAGCCCAGAUUGGUGACUUAUUUCAAGGAUGGAACGAUUAGAUGAUUUUCCUGUGAUUUAAAUAGUUUAUAAACAUAGAAGAAAAUUAUAAACUAAUCUCAUGCACUAAUACGUUUAUAAAAAUCACUUCUGCGUGCAUAUUUGGUCUUUUUGUUUGUUUGUUGUUUUAAGGCAGGGUCUGCCUUUGCAGCUCAGGCUGGUCCUGAACUCACUCUGUAGCCCAGGCUGGCCUUGACUUCAUGGUGACCCUCCUGCCUCAGCCUCCCAAGUGCUGGGAUCACAGGCCUGUGCCACCACGCCUGGCUCCUAUUUGGUCUUAUAAUCAUUUGCCUAAAAUUUCUGCUCCAUCUUUUACAUAGUUUGACCUAUUUUGAAUCAAAAAUAUUUACUGAAUAUUCAAUCUCACAGCUCCUUUUGCAAUGUGAGGAGGUGACUUCCAGAUUGUUAGAACUUUUCACAGCAAGGGCCAGAGAGUUGAAGACCCCAUCUCCCUCUAUGCCUGCUCACUUUUCCUCCAGGCUCGGCCUCAUGCUGGCCUACAAAUGAGCCUACUGUUUUCUGGGCCACAGGGAGGGUGACACAAACUCUGUUUAUAAAAGCCACAUGUAGCUAAUGCCCUGGGAAAGUGUCUCCAGAAACUGCUUGUUGAAAUUUACCCUGUUUUCAGACAAACUCCCAAAGCUCUCCUGUUGACUUUCUUAGUUCUGAAAUUUAUUUUCACCUUCAAAAACUAUAUAACUCCUUUCCUUCCAAAUUGUACUCUAAAAUUUCACCAGCUAGCUUUUAUUUCUGUAUUUCCAUAAUUUUAUACCUCUGUCCUCUCUUUUCUAUACUUUUCCAUAGUUUUCUAAAGUCUUUAUGUGUGUGUGUUGGCAUGUGUGCACAUAGGUACAGGAAUGUUACAUACAAACAUGUAGCUAGAUAAAUAAUUUAUAUAUCUUGCUCAUCUGAUAUAAACAUACAACAUUCAUCCUCAUUUCUUGAUUUUUUUUUCCUUCAACUACUGUUAAAGGAAGUGGUCUUCUUUUAAUUUGUCUAGACUGUGGGCACCACACUGGACUACUUUCUGCUUGUUUGUUUACUUCUCUGAAAUGACAGCAUUUUCUUAAUGAGAAUAUCCACAGUACAAAUCCUCAGACGUGUGGUUCCACUGGCCACUUCCUUUUCUUUUCCCAACAAACCAUUGCAUGCAAUAUGUUCCUCUUUGUGCAAAUAUCCUCACAUAUUCCAGGGACCCCCUUGCAUAUCUGUAUCUGUAUCGGUGAGAAGGUAUAGAUUUUCUGAUAAAUAUCUACUUGUGUCCCUUCAUUUUAAGCUGACUUGUGAGGCUGGACGAGCAGCAGAAUUCACUCGCCAUUGACAAGUCUAAACUAUGUUUCCUAAUUCUUUACAUCCAAUUCAAUUAAACUUCCAGUCAUGUGCCUGUCUACUUAAUGGGCUCAUGUAUAGAUCCAUCUCUGCCUUGGUGACAGAAAUGUCACCACUGUUGCCCCUCUGAAGCAUCCCUUAUCUGCCUUACAGGUCUAGGGAGGCAAAGCUGCUGAUCCUGCAACUUACUCCGGUUCUCAUCCUUCCUUCUAUUUCCUUAAAUGUCCCCUGUUCCCUGGUACAGCAUCUUUUGAGGCCAUCCAAAGCCCUUCUCUGCCAUUUUGUGAUUCAUAACCCCUGGUGUCUACAUAUAUAGCAAAAUUAAAAUAAAAUUUUUGUAAUUAAUGUUAAAGUCAAAUUAGAGGUUUCCAAAUCUAAGAUCCCUACUUCCACCCUUGUUCAUUCUACGAUUCAUCUAUAAUAUAAAAUUGAAAUGGCUCUUCCCUCAUUGACCCUAAUCAUUAGCUCCUAAAAGUCAUUGUCAAAACUAGAAUUGUCAGCCUUGAAGACCUCAGAGCUGAGAUCAGCCAGCUGAACUGAGCCAUUUGUCCACACCAGCCCAGGUCCGAUCUUUAAGUAUGACAUCACCAUUACAGCUUGCUGCUCUUUCUUGCCUAGGUUUCAUUUAAAGAAUGCUCCCUCCCCUUGGUAUCUUUUCUACCUCUUUACAC